UAGUUCCAGUCGGACGUAUUUGUGUGCAGAACUGGAACUUCCGGCAAAUGACUAGAUAGCAAAAGGUGAAAGUGCUGAUUGUUUUCAAACUGCUGUUCGUGUUGGAGUCUCAAGGAGAGACUGAACCUGGAGCUGAGUGUGAGCAGCUCACAGAGAGGAACCGGAUCCUCUUUAAUCUUUAAACUUUAAACUCACAGAGUUUCAGGACUGUUAGCUUAUGUUAGCACAGGGCUAACCUUACAGAACAGUUAGCUUAUGUUAGCACAGGGCUAACCUUACAGAACAGUUAGCUUAUGUUAGCACAGGGCUAACCUUACAGGACAGUUAGCUUAUGUUAGCACAGGGCUAACCUUUCAGGACAGUUAGCUCACGUUAGCACCGGGCUAACCGGCUAGCUCUGUUUCAGGACAGUUAGCUCACGUUAGCACCGGGCUAACCGGCUAGCUCUGUUUCAGGACAGUUAGCUCAUGUUAGCACCGGGCUAACCGGCUAGCUCGCCCAGCUGACGCCUGAAACCAGGAGCUGCACGCGCUCAGAGCCGGACAGGUGUCCCAGGUAACCCGGAACCAGCACGGAGAGCCGACCCGUUUCAUGUGUGACCUGGAGCCGGGCUGGACUUUUUAAUGGGAGGGGGCUCGCUCUGGAGGAUUGGACUCUGCGGGUUACGAAGAAAGCGCAGGUCCUGGCUACCUGUCGGACUACCUGUCGGUCCCCCUGUCGGUCCCCCUGUGGGCCCCCCUGUCGGGCUCAGAUGGAGUCUCUGGCCGGGUACGUGUACAAGGCAGCCAGUGAGGGCCGAGUCCUGACCCUGGCCGCGCUGCUGCUGAACCACUCGGAGGGAGAGACCCGGUCCCUGCUGAGCUAUGUGACGGUCCUGUCCGGGCAGAGGUCCACCCCCCUGAUCAUCGCAGCCCGGAACGGACACGACAAGGUGGUCCGGCUCCUCCUGGACCACUACAGGGUGGACACGGAGCAGACCGGCACGGUGCGGUUUGACGGCUACGUCAUCGACGGGGCCACGGCGCUGUGGUGUGCGGCGGGGGCGGGGCACUUUGAGGUGGUGCGCCUGCUUGUGACUCACCACGCCAACGUCAACCACACCACCAUCACUAACUCCACCCCCCUACGGGCCGCCUGCUUCGACGGGCGCCUGGACAUCGUCCGCUACCUGGUGGAGAACAGCGCCGACAUCAGCAUCACCAACAAGUACAACAACACCUGUCUGAUGAUCGCCGCGUACAAAGGCCACACGGACGUGGUCAAGUUCCUGCUGGAGCAGGGGGCGGACCCUAACGCCAAAGCCCACUGCGGGGCCACCGCGCUGCACUUUGCGGCCGAGGCGGGUCACCUGGAGAUCGUGACGGAGCUGGUGCGCUCUCAGGCGGCCAUGGUGGUGAACGGACACGGCAUGACUCCCCUGAAGGUGGCGGCAGAGAGCUGCAAAGCCGACGUGGUGGAGCUGCUGCUGGCGCACGCCGACUGUGACCCGCCCAGCCGCAUCGAGGCGCUGGAGCUGCUCGGAGCGUCUUUCGCCAACGACCGGGAGAACUACGACAUCCAGCGGACGUAUCAGUACCUGCACAUGGCCAUGAUGGAGCGCUACCGCGACCUCGAGAACAUCAUCGCCAAGGAGCUGCUGCCGCCCAUCGAGGCCUACGGGGGGCGCUGCGAGUGUCGGACGCCUCAUGAACUAGAGGUCAUCCGAGUGGACCGGGACGCCCUUCACAUGGAGGGCCUGAUGAUCCGGGAGAGAAUCCUGGGCUCGGACAAUAUCGACGUGUCGCACCCCAUCAUCUACCGCGGCGCCGUCUACGCGGACAACAUGGAGUUUGAACAGUGCAUCAAGCUGUGGCUCCACGCGCUGCGUCUGCGCCAGAAAGGGAACAGGAACACGCACAAAGACCUGCUGCGCUUCGCCCAGGUGUUCUCUCAGAUGGUCCACCUGAAGGAGCAGGUCCUGGCCCACGCCGUGGAGCAGGUCUUGAGCUGCAGCGUGGUGGAGAUCCAGAGGAGCAUGUCUCGGGUCGACACGGCGACGGAGUCCGAGCUGCCUCAGGCCCUGGACAACUACGAGUCCAACAUCUUCACCUUCCUGUACCUGGCCUGCAUCUCCACCAAGACCACCUGCAGCGACGAAGAGCGCGCCCGCAUCAACAAGCACAUCUACAACCUGAUCCAGCUGGACCCGCGCUCCCGCGAAGGCUCCUCCCUGCUGCACCUCGCCAUCAGCUCCAGCACGCCGGUGGACGACUUCCACACCAACGACGUCUGCAGCUUCCCGAGCGCUCAGGUCACCAAGCUGCUGCUGGACUGCGGCGCGCAGGUCAACGCCGUCGACCACGAGGGGAACACUCCGCUGCACGUCAUCGUCCAGUACAACCGGCCAAUCAGCGACUUCCUCACGCUGCACGCCAUCAUCAUCAACCUGGUGGAGGCCGGCGCCCACACGGACAUGACCAACAAGCAGAAGAAGACGCCGCUGGACAAGAGCACCACGGGCGUGUCGGAGAUCCUGCUGAAGACGCAGAUGAAGAUGAGUUUAAAGUGCCUGGCGGCGCGCGCCGUGCGCCAGCACCAGAUCACCUACAGGAACCAGAUCCCCAAGACCCUGGAGGAGUUCGUGGAGUUUCACUGAACGGACCGAGAGGGCGUGAACUUUGACCUUUUAGAGAAAUUCUUCUAAUUUUCUAACAAAUUCAAACGGUGCUGACGUUCUGCAGCGACGUUCUGCAGCGACGUUCUGCAGCGGCGUUCUGCAGCGACGUUCUGCAGCGACGUUCUGCAGCGACGUUCUGCAGCGGCGUUCUGCAGCGACGUUCUGCAGCGGCGUUCUGCAGCGACGUUCUGCAGCGACGUUCUGCAGCGACGUUCCACUGAGGCGUUCAGCACGAGACGUUUUUGAGCUUUUUUAUAAAAAAGUUGUUUUGUAUUUAAGUAUUAACCGCUGAGAACCAGCAGAGACAGACCACAGGAAGGACAUCAUCACCGCGCUGCUUCUUGAUUUGCCUUAUCUCCUCGCCGGGGGAGCCGCCAUGUUGCUGUGAUUCCACUGAGUGAGUGAACGAGUGAGUGAGAGACGAGGAGAGAGAGAGAGAGAGAGAGUGAAUGAGUGAGACGCCAACAGACAAACCGACCUCGCCUGCUUCCAUGCACUCACAUCUCAGAUCCUCUGAUUGUUUUUAACGAUGGUUCACUGGUUUUUAUUUGACUGUACGAGAGGAGAGAGAGUGACGAUGAUCCGCCUGCUGGACAGAAUCAAAAUAAACCUUUUUAUUUGAACCUUUUUAAGGGUUCAGGUUUUUGGUGAAGAUGAAUUUAUAAGUGAAAACUUCUCUACAUGGCCCUCGGUCUGAACACACCCUCAUCAGUCCUCCUCACUUCUUAGUCUUAAAGCGACAGAAUACAGUAUCGGACUGAAAAGGACUUUUUCAGUUCAAACUUUCUGAGAUUUCAUCAAGAAAACUUUUUAAAAACACGCCUCUUAAGUUUCAUCUCACUGAGAGAGAAAUACACAAAAGAAAUCUCUAAAUUUAAGCCCUCUUUAACUGUAAGAGUCUCCUCUGGGUGUCUUUAUCCUCCAGGCCGUGUAGAGUUCUUUUCUCAAAGCAGAUUUAUGAAUUUAAGGGCCUGUGUCCACUGACCGUGUUUUAACCAUGUGCUCUGAAACUGAGGUCCAGGGUGCUGCAGCACCCUGGACCUCAGUUUCAGAGCACAAGGUGAUGAAUGUUGUUGCUGCUUCCCUCAGUAGAAGUCUUAAAAGUUUAAAAUGCUCUGGGAAUUUCACUAAGAAAAUGUUAAAAACAGUCGAUAGAAAUCAAGUCACAGCUUCUGGUGACUUUGACCUUCAUUUGGACCUCCAGAAGUCCCGCCCCGUCUCGAUUCUGGCGUCCGUUUUGUCCCAAAAAUUGAACACCACAGAAAAAGAGGCGACACUGGAGCGCUGAAAACUCAGACCUGCAUUAGUUUAAGUGGAAACAGGCCCUAACAGUGCAGAAACGCUGCUGAUGGACACAGGCCCUUAAUAUUUCUGUCUCAUGUUUUUGUGUUUUUUUUUCUUUUUAAAGUUUCUCGUAUUUAAAUUUAGGUUUUUAAGAUCUGAGGACAGAGGCAGAGAGACUCUGAAUGUUCAAACAGAGACAAGUUUAAAGUUUGAUGUGCAGAAAAGGAUCAGGGUCACGAGUGAGACCUUUUUGAAUUUGGUCUCUGACUCCUAAUCUUCAGAUUCUCAGACGGCUCAUUCUCUGAUUCUUCUCUGAUACAUGACGAGUUUGAUCACAGACUUUAAUCUAUGAAUUCAUUUGUAUGUUUUAUGAAAACAAACAUCUGCGUCUGACUUUAUUAAAGGUUUCAGAUUCUUUAUCUGCAGUGAGACCUCCUCUCUCCUGGUCCUGAUCCUCGUCUGCACAGAUUCAUCUUUUAGUUUUUUAAUCCUGGAAGAAAUAAAACACACUCUCUCUUUAUGUAGAGUAUGUUUCAGGUUAAAGGUCCUGAAGAGUCCUGAACCAGGUCCACACAGGUUCAGCUCUCUGCCCAUCGAGUAAAGACGACACAGGCCCUAACAGUGCAGAAACGCUGCUGAUGGACACAGGCCCUAACAGUGCAGAAACGCUGCUGAUGGACACAGGCCCUUAAUAUUUCUGUGUCAUGUUUUUGUGUUUCUUUCUUUUUAAAGUUGCUCAUAUUUGAAUUGAGGUUUUUAAGAUGUGAGGACAGAGACAGAGAGACUCUGAAUGUUCAAACAGAGACAAGUUUAAAGGUUAGAAGUUUUGGACGUGCAGAAGAGGAUCAGGAUCAUGAGGGAGACCUUCUUGAAGUCCUGUUUUUGAGUGUGAUCUCAGAUUUGUGGCUUUUAAGUUUAAACUCAGAGUUCAGAUUCUCAGUUGUAUUUUUUAUGCAAACGAACAUCUGCGUCUGACUUUACUCUAAAGGUUUCAGAUUCUUUAUCUGCAGUGAGACAGCCUCUCUCCUGGUCCUGAUCCUCGUCUGCACAGAUUCAUCUUUUAGUUUUUGAAUCCUGGAAGAAAUGCCCCUCUUUAUGUAGAGUAUGUUUCAGGUUAAAGGUCCUGAAGAGUCCUGAACCAGGUCCACACAGGUUCAGCUCUCUGCUCAGUGAGUGAAGACGACACUCUGUAAUCUGUCCAUGGAGCAGAGCAUCAGUUGAUCUCUUGGUGUGUGAGUCUGGAGGAUUAGCGGCUCCUCUGAGGGACGAUUAGCUGGAAACAAAGCGCCGCCUCGCUCUCUCUCUCUGAGACGAGGGGAGCGUCUUCACGGGAGGUUCAUUAUCUGGGUUUACCUCCUCACAGGAUCCGCUCCCCUCGCUGUGAGACACACAGAUCAGGAUCAUUACACUCCCUCUCAGUCUGACGGCGUGUUCAGAGACUCUGCAGAGCUUUGUUCUCAGAUGUUUACACUGAGUGCUUUUCAUCGAUCAGAGAGUCACUGUUUCCUAAAGCUCCAAUCAGCUCCAUCGAUCAUCCUGCUUCAGUCUGUCCAUUCAGAGACGCUCCAUUUAAAGUCAGAGACAAAGAGAAGUUUGAAAAGUGGUCUCUGGAGUGAAUGUUCGUCCUCCUCCGCCUCAGAGAGAGAUGAUCGAAGUGCACUCCUAAAUUAAAUCCCUUUUCUAAACAUAUUUCUCAGUCCGUUCAAACUUCAUUCUCAGAGUUUGUCUUCCUCUAAAGCAGCAGACUUUGUCCCUGGAGUUUAAUGUUCAGGUCUUUACUGAAGUCUGGAAAACAAACACGAUAAAUCAGAACUUCAGAGACGCCAAAAAACACCUGAUAGAUCGUCAAAAACAAACUCUGUUUCCUCCAAAGAUCCAGAUCACAUCAGGAGGAGGAGAUCAACGCAGCGUUUGAGUUUUCAGGGUUUGAAACUGUCUCUGUCCUCUCUGUCCUCUCUGUCCUCUCUGUCCUCUCUGUCCUCUCUGUCCUCUCUGUCCUCUCUGUCCUCAGUGAUUCUGUCCAGCAGAGCUCUCUGUGUUUUUAUUGACCAUGUGCCCGGGCAUUACAGAUGUCUCUGCAGGUGUCUCUGCAGGUGUCUCUGCAGGUGUCUGCAGGUGUCUCUGCAGGUAUUUGAAGGGUGUCCGGCUGCCAUGAUAAUGUGCCAUCACAGUGCUGGUUGUUGUUUUUGUAUUUAACACUGCAGGAGCCGGAUUCUGCUCCUGAGGGAGAUUUUGUUUCUGUGGCUGAAAUGAAGCCAAAGAUUCUCGUCAUGCGGAGAAACUUUCAAAGAUGUCAGCCGAAUGAAUGAAUGAAUGAAUGAAUGCUGUCAGAUUAAAAGUCUUCUGUCCACAUGAA